GUUAAAGAACUGAUGAAAUACACAACGGAAAUCUUCCAAAGGGAGCAGGCUUCAAAACAUGCUGGAGAAAGUAGGACAAAUGAAAUCAUGUCACCUCCAAAUACUCCACUGGGGCCAAUUCCACCGCCAAAAACAUCAGUUUUUAAGGAGCGUCCACUGGCAGCUAUGACCAUUGUGUUGCUAGGACAGACAGGAAGUGGGAAGAGCGCUACUGGAAACACCAUCCUGGGAGAGCGACGUUUUGAAUCUCACGCCAGUUCUGUGCCGGUAACACAGGUGUGCCAGAAAGAAGAAGUAACAGUCUGUGGAGAAAAGAUCAGAGUCGUGGACACCCCAGAUUUCUUUAGUGAAGAUCUUAAAAACCAAGAGGAACAGCUGAGAUCAUGUAAAGAUCUCAUUCAGCACGGGCCUGUUGUGUAUUUACUGGUGAUGGAGCUCGGCCGUUUCACAGAUGGAGAGAGAGAGGUUCUGCCACGCUUGAAGAAAGAGUUUGGUGAGGACAUGACCACAAAAACUGUGAUUCUCUUCACCAAUAAAGAGAAACUGAAAGGCAAGACUUUGACAGAUUACAUCAAUGAAACCGAUGAAGAACUUCAGAAAAUUAUUCAAACAUGUCACUCAAGAUGUUGUGCAUUUAAAAACAACAAGAAAAGCAGUCAUCAGGUGAAGGAGCUCAUGGACGUCAUUUUCAGUAGACAGACCGAAAGAAACAUGCCGAUAGAGAAAUCCUCACUGCCUAAGAAACAAAUCAACCCCUUAUCAAGUUUAAAGAUGGCAAAUAUUGCAAAAUUUCGUAAAUAA